CACAUACAAACUGGAAGGGAAAUGUCGCCAAGGAGGAUCUGAAAUAGAUGUGGUGUUUAAGCAUGAAGCAGCUCUGUCGCUUAUUCGUAAGUCACCGUCAUAUUAUCAGUUUCUGAAGAAGGACCAAAUCAUCGAAUUGAUCGCAAAGAACUGUAACAAAAAAUUUGCUGCGGAAUUGACCGUCGCAUGGAAAAAAAAGUGGGGGACAGUGAUUCAGACAUGCAACCAAAAGCGACAGUGCUCACCCUGUGGGAUCGAUCAGCAUUCGAGAAAUGAUGUUGUUCUUCGAAGCUUGCCAUUUUGAUAUCGUGCAAACCACAAAGGCACGAAACUUCUGAAAACAUUUUGUCCUGCUGUUUUCCGAAUCUUCAGUCUCCGCCAUGGAACUUUUAUUAAUUUAGUAGAUACAUCGUGGAAAACUUGGCCACACUCCUAACAACAUUCAUGUUUAUUCUGCAAACCCAGUCAAUCUUUUGCAUAAUGACCGCAGUUUUUAUGUUUAUGACAACAUUUAUGUCUAUAUUUAGAACAUAACGAUUAUGGUUAUAGAUUAUAUUAAAUCCCAUUUAAAUUAUGACAGAAAUAGUAUCCCGCAGCGGAGCGCGGGCUGAAUCCUAGUUAAUAAUAAAAAGUAAAGGGCCCGGCCAACGGCCGGAAGAAAGCUAGUCUAUAUUUAAAACGAAAAAAAUUGAAACUCACCGCCACCGUGGAUUCAUCUGGUUCUCCACGGAGCAGAUCCCGAAGCCAAGAAGGAAGCGUAAAGAGGAGAGGGCGGGAAUGGGGAAACCCCUCACUCUGGUUCAAACUGUUGCCACCGCAGGAGUCUUCUCCGCCAUUUCUUUCUGGUACGGGUUUCAUGUUCGGAAGAGAAUCGGCCCGCAAAGAGCUAGGCAACUUGAUCGACGAACUACGCCGCGGCGGCGAUUCCUCCUCCUCCGGUCCUCCUCAGAAUUUUUGAUCUUGCUGGGAACAUCGACGGUGACUAGGAUCAGCUCGCAUAUAGCUUUGCUACUGGAUCGAGAAUCUCCGCUAGCAAUGGUUCCUCCUCCGCAGCCCGCUUCAUUCUCCUCCAUGUUCGGAACUGGUACGCUUCCGCUUGCUCUCUAUGACAUAUAGAAAGUAGUAAAACUUCCAUUGAUAAUAUCUCAAGUUAGAGAACUCGGUUUGUGGAUGAAUUAGCUUCUUGUCUGAUUGUGGGGAAAUCUAUGGCAUUGAGAACUUCUCGAGAUAUAGGGAAGUUUUGGUGGCUGAGUUACUUAAGAAUUGAGUUCAGCAUCGAGUCUGCCAGAAUUGUUUGUGAGAAUGCUCUAGCUUUAGCAUAGACUGAUGAACAUCAGUUGAUAAGGAGUUAUAUUAGUAUCCUGCUUGUCUCAUCAUUUCAUUCAAAGUCUGGAUAAACAUGCCAGGAGUAC